AUGUCAUCAUCAAAACCGGUCGAGGAUAUCCUCGAGGAGAGCUACCGCAAGUUCGCCCAUAUUCCUCCGCAACAUCACCUUCUCUGCCCCAAGGUCGACGAGGAUGACUUUGAAGACUAUGAAGAUCUGAACACCGCCGGCGAAACAAUCACAGCUCUUGAAAAGCAGGAGCGGGUACAACAAUGGAAGGAGCGGCUGGACACCGUCUACUGGACCAGUCUGCUACUCGCCUAUGGCAAGGACAAGGCUGGUAUCUGGCUCGACGAUUGGGGCACGAGGGUGGCUAUUAACCUCCACAACUGCGACAAAUGCGUUCUGAACUGGCACAUGUACCGGAAGAAGUACAUCCAGGUGUUUUCCGAAAAAUGGCCCGAAGACGCCGUUGCCGGAAUCGAAAACUGCCUUCACCGAUUCGACUUUGACCGAAUUGACAAGGGUCUCCGGUGGGCCAAGGACAUUAUCGAGCAGGCCGAAAGUGAAGGUCGCCUCUUCCAAAGAUCCGACCUAGGCGAAGACCAGGGCGCAGUGCUUCUCACCGUCUAUGAGGCCUUGUGCUGUAUGGCCUACCUCAGCUUGCCGGACAAGCGUACCCUCUUUCAGUUCGUCUUCGUCCGUCUUUCGGGCAAGAAGCCAUUGAAGUUGGGUGAGAAUGUCUUACUUCCCGCCAUGACCCAAUUCCUUUUCGGAGAGGAUAAGACACGACUUCAGUUUGCCGAGAAGUCUUGGGAACGCCUGCGACCGAAGUCGCUGACCGAGGCACAAUUCGCCUGGGCUGUUCAUGACAACCUGAUGGAGGCGAUCCAGUCGGUGGCUCAACGCAAUCCCAGGAACCCCGCAGACCUACCAGAGAUCGAGCGCUUCUGGAAAGCAGUCAACUGGAUCAUCAAGACCCUGGACGAGAAGCUCUUGUUGCAUGGCCUCCGAAGCAUGGAAGUCAAGCCAAGCGUUUACGACCUCCUUUUCGUCCACCUGCAAUGCGAGUCGGAGGCAAUCCUGUUGCUCAUCAUCCAGGCAUUGACUGUAUUACUGGAAACGUCUCCUCAGGCUUUCUGGGACACGAUAGGCGACGCGCGACCAUUCGUUGUCGUGGAGCAACUGCUUUCCCAGCGCCUUUUCAAGCAACUGCUCGCCCAGUCCUUGACAUUCGCCAUUACGUACGACGACGGCCAUGGCGGCAACGAUGUCGAGUCCAUCACGACUUCAUGGAUCAACACGUGGAUCCAGUCCCUCAAGCGUCAGCAAAAGAGUGACGCCUGCGAGCAGCUGCUUCAUUUACUUUUCGAGCAAGUCGUCCAUGAUGCAAGCAUUGGCGAGCAAGGCAGAGCCGCAUGUGUUCGAGCCGGUCUAGACGCUCUAGACCAUGUUCUACGGUCAUUCCUGGACCCAUCGGUCAAUGCCGUCUCGAGUACCGCGUCCGUUUACAUUAACUCGAUCCUUAAUGUCACCUACAAGUACAAGGAUAUUAUCAACGAUGCUGCGGACACCAAGAGCCAAGAGCAACACACCCUCGGCGUGCCCAAAGCAGCUAUGAGCGUCAUCGGUGCAGCCCUCAGUCUGGACUCUAGGGCCACUUCCGAAGAGCACCUCGAACUCCGCAAAAACGAAAACGCGGCUAUCCAGACGGCGGUCACUCGCAAAUCAGCAGAGUUAUGGGACGGGUUUCUGGAGAACCUCUUCGCCGGCAAGCUCCUGUUGGCAAAGACGAUGCUCAUGGCCAUGGCCCCUCUGAUCAACGUAGAGAGAUUUCGUGGCUCACGCAAAGACCCCACCAACGUGACCCCGGCAAGGAAGAGUUUCAACGGUCAGUUUGUCAAGGUUGCAGAAGCACUAGGGCGAGUUUUGCAGCGCAUGUGUGAAUUCACGUCGCCGCAGCUCAAUGAGUUGUGUCUCAUGAGCCAAAGCAUUCGUCCCAUCAUCGCUUUCACUGUUCAUGGCGAAGACGACAUUAGCAGCGCAAGUGCUGAGCUCAUAAAGUCCAUCACCGAACAGCCUUCUAAGUCAGAAGCAAUCACAGUGUUGCUUGAACGGCAACUCAGCACCACGCUGUCCUCCAUGAUUUUCGCAACACGGAGAAUCAUGGAGCCAUCCAACGUGGCGUGGGGCCCGGCGCGGUACAUCAUCAACACCGCCAAGGACGUGCUCAAAGCUCUCAGCGAUUUGUCGUCGGGAAUCCUUAGGUCCAGGACCCUGGAAAAUGGCGAGCAGAUUGCUGUAACGGGCUGGUGGGUUGCUCACUGGAGGUACAUCGAGGUUGCGUUUCAGUGCACAGCCAGCUGGUCCCACCAAGCAGAGAUCAACGUGAUGCAGGACUUCUGCCGAGAUGUUAUUGAGCUUGCCGACGGCAUGCUUGCUCAGGACGGCCUUUUCGCCUCGGCACUGCAGGCUACCAGCGUGCAGGCGCAGGCGCAGGCACAAGACCUGUCUAAGAUGCAGCAACUUCUGAAGGACCCUCAGCGUCACCUCCUUGGCAUCGUGAGAAUGCUUCGGUUAAGGGAUCUCUAUUUGGUGGAAGUCACUGUCAAGGUCGUCGCCAAACUACUUACGAGACUCCGUGAGAACCAACUUGAGAUCCCGCAUGAGCCGAAGGCCUUUGUUCAAGACUCCUGCACCAAGCUGUCGACCACUGGCAAGUAUCCCAUCUCUACCAACCUCAACGAUCAGCAGCGAGCGGAACUUCUCAAAGCUCUUGGCGAAGACGACGAUGUGGAGAUUAUCCAGAUCCAGCCGGUCUUCAAACCCGAGAAACCAAAGAAGCAAAGCCUCAUCGACGCAUGGUCCAAAUCCGGCUCAUCGACUUCCACUUCCCAGAUUGGCCGAUCGAACAAGGAGGAUGUUCUCGAGCUAAGCAGUUCUGUCGACAAGAAACGCUCCAUCUUGGACCAGAUGGCGGCUCGCCAGAAGGCUUCUCCCCUGUCAAGCGUGUCCAAAUUGCCGCCCCCGAAGCCUAGGCUUGAGCCAGUAGUCUCACAAGCCUCCAAAAAUGCACUCAUCGAGUCGCGCAAGAAAGCCAAGUUGGAAAAGGCUAAGAGAGAUGCCGACAUGGUCAAGAAGGCGCAGGCUCUCCGAGAUGCUGCCAACGUCGGCGAGGGCUCGGGGCUGAAGGGUCUUAGCGGUGUUGUUGGAAAGGACCUUGCACCGCAGAAGAGCCAGAUCCUGGUUGACAGCGAUGAUGAAGAAGAAGACGACUCUGGCGAUGAGGAUCUCAACAAUCUCAUCAAUAAGGGGCAGCAGGGCCAGAAGGCCGUUGACGAAGCUACGAGACGCCGCGAACGGGCGCUGCUCGAGAAGACGCGUGGCCCGGUCAAGAAGGUAAAGGUACAGCGCUCAGCAAAGGAUAUGCGUGCUCGCUUGAUCCCGCCUAUGGACCAGCUUCACCAAGCCAUCUUGGAGUGGGACAUCUUCCAUGGGGGCAAUGACCCACCAUCGACCUCGGGCUCCGUGGCCAUUACACGGGUUGCAAGCACAUACGCCCAGCCCCAGGAGUACAAGCAGACGUUCCUGGGCCUAUUGAUCUCGGAAGCCUGGAGAUCUUUUGUGACUGCUAAAGAUGAGACGACAUCCAAGCCCUAUGGCCUCAAGAUUGCAUCUCGCAUGAACGUUGACAAGUUUCUUGAAGUGACUGCAAGCAUCCCCAGCGCAGAAAGUAAGGAAAGAAUGCUGUCAGAGGGCGACAUUGUCCUGGUUUCGAAAGGAAUCAGCCCCCUGACGGACGACUCUGAGGCCCAUGCGUUGGCGCGGAUCUGGAAGACAACAUACAAGAAGGAAAGGCUGGAAGUGACAUACCGCCUGAACAGCAAGAAUAAUCCAUUGCUUGCUGCCAACGCUCUCGGCGUCGGCUCUGAACUCCAAGCCGUCAAGAUCACCAACAUGACGACCAUUGAGCGAGAGUACGCGGCUCUGGAGAGCUUACAGUACUACGACCUCAUGCUGGAAGUCCUGAAAGCCGAACCUUCGCCAAUCCUGAAGUACGGUGACGAGGCUGUCAAGGGCGUCAUGCAAAACUACCAGUUGAAUCCUGGUCAAGCAAAAGCCAUUCUGGGUGCUAGGGACAACGACGGCUUCACUUUGAUUCAAGGUCCUCCUGGUACGGGCAAGACGAAGACCAUUGUUGCCAUGGUCGGCUCGCUGCUCACGGGCAACAUUCAAGCUCCCGGAACAGCCAUAAAACCCAAGCUUGUGGGCCAGGCAGGCCAGAACGCCAUGCCGAAGAAGCUUCUGGUCUGCGCUCCCAGUAACGCCGCUGUAGACGAACUCGUGUUGCGUCUGAAACAGGGUGUAAAGACAAUGAAUGGUUCGUUCCACAAGAUCAACGUUCUUCGCCUGGGUAGGAGCGACGCCAUCAAUGCCGCCGUCCGCGAUGUCACACUCGACGAACUGGUGAAGAAGAGACUCGAAGGCGACACCACGCAAAGCAAGGCGAAGGAGGAACGAGAUAAGAUGCAUAAUCAAGCAGCCAAGAUCAGAGAUGACCUGGCCGAGCUUCGACCCCGGCUGGAUGCAGCCCGUGCAGCCGGUGACCGAACCCUGUCGCAGGCUCUGCAGCGGGACUUCGAUCAAUUGAAGCGUUCCCAGAUCAACAUUGGUGCCAAAAUCGACGAGGACAAGGCGAGCGGCAACACUGUCAGUCGCGAGGCCGAGAUCCGCCGCCGGCAGAUACAACAGGAGAUCCUUGACGGUGCGCAAGUUCUCUGCGCCACUCUCAGUGGAAGCGGUCACGAGAUGUUCAAGAACCUCAAUGUCGAGUUCGAGACGGUCAUCAUCGACGAGGCUGCGCAGUGUGUGGAACUCAGCGCCCUGAUCCCCCUGAAGUACGGUUGCACCAAGUGCAUUCUCGUCGGUGAUCCGAAGCAGUUGCCCCCAACAGUGCUUUCUCAGUCUGCCGCUAGAUUUGGCUACGACCAAAGCUUGUUCGUCCGAAUGCAACAGAACCAUCCCGACUACGUCCAUCUUCUCGAUCGCCAAUACCGGAUGCACCCCGAGAUCAGCUUGUUCCCCAGCACAGAAUUCUACGAGGGCAAGCUCGUUGACGGUGAGGACAUGAGCGCGCUGCGCCGCCAACCCUGGCACGCAAGUGCUCUCCUCGGCCCUUACCGAUUCUUCGAUGUCGAGGGUACCCAGUCGAAGGGUAGUAAGGGCCGCUCGUUGGUGAACCAUGCAGAGUUGAGAGUUGCUAUGCAGCUCUACGAACGGUUCAAGGCAGACUUUGGACGGAACUACGACAUUCGUGGCAAGAUCGGCAUCAUUACUCCAUACAAAGCCCAGCUGCAGGAGCUCAAGUGGCAGUUCUCCCGUCAAUUCGGAGAGGCCAUCACAGAUGACAUUGAGUUCAACACUACGGAUGCCUUCCAGGGUCGAGAGUGCGAGAUCAUCAUCUUCUCUUGCGUUCGAGCCGAUCCUACCGGCGGCAUUGGUUUCGUCAAGGACAUCAGGCGUAUGAACGUCGGUCUGACCCGUGCCAAAUCAUCACUGUGGAUUCUGGGCGAUUCAAGAGCGUUGGUGCAGGGUGAGUUUUGGAACAAGCUCAUCACUAACGCGAAGCAACGGUCUCUCUACACGAAGGGAGACGUCAUAUCGAUGCUGCGGAAGCCCAGUGUCAUGAGGCCAUCGUCUCCGCUGUCAAGACAGGUGCUGCAGGAUGCCUCCGACGUCGAGAUGGCGGAGCAACAACAUGGUGUCAAUAUGAUUGAGACGAAAGAUGUCUCGUACACAGCAGCGCAAUCCCGAAAGGUAACGCAGCCUCCUCAACAACCACCGACGAACUACACAGUCACGGAUCGGCGCCCGGGUUCCUGGGAAGGCAACAACCGCAUUGAGCGGAUCAAUGAGAAAGGCGAGGUGCAGCCUGCCGUCGCCCGCAGCUCUGACCGGCCCCCCAUCAUCCAGUCAUCGACCCCGAAGUUGGAGUCCAAGAAGAGAGCGUCCGAUGCCACCGCCGAAGGGCAGCGCGGCUCGAAGCGGAUGGCGACGGAACCGAAUCGACCUUCGAACAGACCGCCCCCGACGGGGCCCAAGUCGAUGAGCCACUACACGCCGAAGGAGCCGAAGAAGGCGAAGGAUCCGUCUGCAAUGGUAGCCCUCGGUCUGACACCAGCCGCACGACCGCCGGCGAUGGAGCCGACAGUCGAUGCCAGGAUGCCGUCUGGGAACGCCUCUCUGCCACAUAACCGUAAUCUGCCCCCAAGACCUCCGGGACAGAAUGGACAGAAUGGACAGAAUGGCCCUGCCAUCAACAGGAAGAAGCCGAAGGCUGAUCCGUUCAUUCAGAGGAAGCCACCCAGACGUUAA